AUGGGACUACUGUUUAUGGUGUCGUUGCCAGUGACGACUGCAAAUGACAUGACGAUGAUGGAUGUGUGCGUCUUGGCAGAGGCUGGCGAGGAUGAGGUUGACGAUGAAGUGCACGAGCUGCUGACGUUGUUGCGCGCACGGGGAUUGCAGUGCUGUGUGAGAAACGCGUGGACGGAGGAGCAUGGCGCCUUGGCCCGACUGAGCCCGCGCAUCAUCCUCAACCUGGCGCGCCCGUGUGCGCACUUGCGGGACAGGCCAUCGCGGUUGCAGGAGGUGCUUGGCCGCUUGUACGACCUGGAAGACGACGGAACGACGAUCAUCAACGGUGCCCCAGCGCUCGAGCUGGGGGCCACCCGCCUUAAUCAAUUCCGCGUCAUGCGACAGCUGCACAUGGCGCACCCACGAGUUCUCUUGUUUCGCUCUGUCGACGCGCUUCGCCUGCGUCUGGGCUCCUUUCCCUUCCCUGCCGUAGUUCGAACCAAUCCAUGCAGCCUUGACUCCAACGCUCAACAGGUCCGUUCCGUCGACGAUUUGGAUGCAUAUGUCGAACAGCAUCCCUCAUUUCGUGCUGAUGGCUGCGUACUGCAGCCGCAAUUGCCGCCGGCUGUCCUGCGCGAUGGAAUUCUUCGCAUGGUCUUCGCCAGAGAUCAAUUGCUGUUUGCGCAUAGGAUCCACCCGAGCCAUGCCACCAACAACGAUAGCGAACGGAUCCAACCAGCCUGUCUUCCCAUCCUGCCACCGACACAACACAUGGCCUUCCGAUCAGAGAUACUACACGAGACAGACCUGCCGCGUGAAGCUGUAUCUUGUGCGCGGCGGGUGAUCCAAUGCACUGGCGUUGACGUGGCCAGUGUGGAGUGCUGCAUCGUGCCGGCCACGUUGGCCCCUGAGCUACGCGCAGUAGCCACCGUCCCACCCUCAUCACUGUCAUCAUUAUCGUCGUCGGCGACAUUGUCAUCUUCCACAGACCACAUUCUCUUUUGCGAUAUGCAGGCUGUGUCGCGGCUGCGGUUACCGCCGGGCCUAGAUGCCCAUGCCGUUCUCGGCACCCUGGCCGACUUUGUUACGUUGGUGUCCGGCAAUCUGCAACACCACCACCAGCAGCACCAGCCGCGCAACCGUCAAAAGCAAGUCAGCCUGCCUGCCCUCCCAUCAUCCCACCAAACCACGGGCCAGCGGCGGGCGGGCCAGCUACCACUGUUUCAAAAAACCAGCCAAACCCUGACCAUCGCCACCGAAUCACCGCAUAUUGUGGGCUUGGCCGAGACUCCACACACAGCAUCAACAACACAGCAAGCCAAGAAGCAAGUCGUGCGUGGCUCAGUGGCUGCCAACCAACAACCACCGCACACAACCCAACACAGCUGUGGUGGUGGUGGUGCGAGAGACUGGAUUGGGCGGCUGCUGCGAUACCGGCAAUUGCAGCGUCAUCUGCCUUCAUUUGGAACAUUCAACGCAAGGGCACACGACGACGACAACAGCGACGACGUCAAGGUCCACCUACUUAACCCGACCAUCCUCCGUGCCCUGUGCAAGAACGUCUCGGCCUGA